AUGCUCGUUCAGAGCUUGCGUGCUUCAAAUGGUCGAUGCAGCAAUGGCUAUCCAUCCUUGCUCCAGCUCAUAUCGUUCCUAGCAGUGAAUGAGGGCGAAGAGGGGUAUACCAGGGUUGCGGAAGUGGGCAUUCCAACGCCAUCGACUCGAAAUGUCGCGUGGUAUACCGCAGAAACUCGAUAUCCAGCCUACCCCUUAGAGGUUGCCCACCCCUGUAGACAGGCCUACCCACGAGAAUGGACUAAUUGUAACGGAGCAUUCGAUUCAGUGAUAAGCCCACCCUUUCAUGAUGUUUCUACAGAUAUUGAGAAGCUGUAUUUUGAUCUUCGUGCUUAA